AUGGAGCUGGAUGACCUGUUAGAUGAGGAGAUCCUACAAGAGGGCAUGAGACUAAAUGACCUUUUGAAAGAGGAUACUGAUAAUACUUCAGUAGAGGAAAGCGCCAAAUUUCAGAGGAGAUCCUUAGAAAAUGGUGAUUCAGAGUCAGACACAGAAGGUGGGAAGCAAACAUCCAUCGAAGUGGGUGAAAUCAAAAUCCCCCUAACUUGCAAUGCUUUUACUCUAAUUCUGCCAACAGAUUUUAAAGGUCCAGAUGUAACCUCCAAUGAUCUUGAUGAGGUAGAGGAAAUUCAAAGGGAGGAACCUAGAUUCCCAAAGGAUGAGUGUCGCAGUCAGGUGACUAUACAAGAGGCAACUAAUGAAGGGCCAAAGAGGGUAAUUUUCGAUAAACCAGCAGAGGUGAUGACCAAAAACAUCAAGCCUCUGUAUAUUAAAGCUCACUUCAAAGGAAGACCGAAAUCCAGAGUCCUCAUUGACAAUGGAUCGGCGGUGAACAUCAUGCCAUUCAAGAUGUUACACCACUUGGGUAAAACAACGGAAGACCUCAUUUCAACAGAGAUCAGUGUGUCUGCCUUUACAAGAGAAUUGACAAAAACCAUUGGUGUUCUCCCAGUAGAGGUAACCGUUGGAAGCAAAACCUCUUUGUGUGCAUUCUUUAUGGUGAACUCUUCUUCCAGCUACCAAUCACUCUUGGGCCGGGAUUGGAUCCAUGCCAACUGGUGCGUUCCUUCAUCUCUGCAUCAGUUUUUACUCUUUUGGAAGGGAAAUGAGGUGGAGGUGGUAUGGGCAGACACAAAACAUUUCACCACUGCCACAAACAUUGUUGAAGCCCGUUACUAUGAUUCAUGUGUUGGUCCCAUCAAGUUCACUGGAAGAAAUAUAAAGGGCCAACCAAAGGAGAAUAAACCUCUGGAAAUUCAUGAGGAGAAAUCCAUGAUUAAACUCACUUCUGGUGAGUUUGCAGCAGCUGCAUCUGCUAUCUUGAGGGAACGUAUGCAGUACAUUAUGGAAUGGAUUAUGGAGGAAAAUAAUUCGGCAGAGGUUCUAGAUGCCGAAGUAACUUAUGUUAGUAAAAACCUAGAGGAAGAUUUAAAAACAAAAUUAAAUGUACUCUUGCAGGAAUACAAAGAUGGCUUUGCAUGGCAAUAUUCCGACAUGCCGGGGUUAAGCAAGACAUUGGUAGAACAUCGGCUUCCUAUUAACCCUGAGUUUCAGCCAUGCCGCCAACCUCCAAGAAGAGUGUCUAAACAAGUUAAAUUAAAGGUAAAAAAAGAUAUUGAAAAAUUGUGCAAAGCAGGCUUAAUUAGGCCUGCUAAAUAUAGUAAUUGGUUGGCAAAUGUUGUUCCAGUGGUUAAAAAGAAUGGAAAACUUAGAAUAUGCAUAGAUUUUAGAGACAUAAAUGAAGUAACCCCUAAAGAUAUUUAUGUCACGCCAAUUGCUGACACUCUUAUUGAUGCUACAGCUAAUCAUUCUUUUUUGUCUUUUAUGUAUUGUUUUGCUAGAUAUAACCAGAUUAUUGUGGCUAAAGACGACAUCUCCAAAACGGCAUUUAGAUGUCCAGGAGCUAUUGAGACAUUUGAAUGGGUGGUCAUGCCGUUUGGUUUACAUAAUGCUAGUGCAGCAUAUCAGAGAGCUAUGAAUGCCAUCUUCAACGACCUCUUAGGUAAAACUAUGGAGGUUUAUAUUGAUGAUGUUGUUGUAAAAUCAAAACUAGUAAAAGAUCACUUGAAAAACCUAGAGGAAGCAUUUAGGAGGAUGAGAGUUCACUGUUUAAAACUCAAUCCUCUUAAAUGUGCCUUUGGUGUAAAUGUUGGAAUUUUUUUGGGGUUUUUGGUCCAUGAAAGAGGCAUUGAAGUGGACCAAAACAAAACCAAAGCUAUUCGAGAAGCUAAACCGCCUAGAAAUAAAACACAACUUCAGAGGGUAUUACCCCUGAGGUUGUACAUUUCAGAUGCUGAAGGUUCAAUUGGGUACCUAUUAGCCCAAAGUAACCAAGAUGGACAUGAACUGGCCAUUAAAUAUUUGAGCCGUUCGAUGACAUCUACAGAGGUUAGAUAUUAUCCUAUCAUGGUACUGUGCCUGGCUUUAUUUUUUGCCUGCACUAAGUUAAGACACUAUCUGCUUAGUAAUAGAGUCUAUGUGGUGUCUCAAACCGAUUUAAUGAAAUAUAUGCUAAACAAACCCGUUUUAUCUGGAAACAUAGGAAAGUGGUUAUUAAGUUUGGCAGAUUUUCAUUUGAUUUAUCAUCCCUUAAAGUCGGUCAAAGGUCAGGCCCUAGCAGAUUUCCUAGCCGACCAUCCAUGUAUAAACCUAGGAGAUGAAAGUAUAUUCGACUUGCCAGUUUUUAUGAACGAACCUUGGAUGCUUAAAUUUGAUGGGUCUAGUAUAGAUAGGUCUGCUGGUGCAGGAAUCGUAAUUGUGUCACCUUCUAGAGCCAAAACCUCCUUGUCUUUUAACCUUGAUUUUGAAUAUACAAAUAAUCAAUCUGAGUAUGAGGCUUUGAUUAUUGGGUUCGAAAUUCUCUUAGACCUAGGUGCUAAAAAUGUCAAAAUAAUUGGAGAUUUUCAACUAGUUAUUAGACAAGUGUCUGGCGAAUAUAAAUGCAUGAGUUACUCCUUAACUUAUUAUUAUGCUAUUGCUAGACAGUUAACAGAGAUUUUUGAAGAGGUUGAAUUGGUACAUGUUCCUAGAGAAGAAAAUUGGGAGGCCGAUGAAUUAUCACAGCUAGCAUCUGGCCUACAUUUGUCAGAGGAGUUAACCCACCGACUAGUGAUGGAUUGGAGGAGGGACAUAAAAAAAUUUCUGGACAAUCCGAGCAAGAAAAUGAUGUAUAAAGUAAGAGUGAGAGAUGUUAACUACGUACUCAUAGAAGAUGUUUUGUACAGAAGAGGAUUUGACAACCUACUGCUAAGAUUCCUUGGAACUACAGAGGUACUAGAGGUUAUGAAACAAACUCAUGAAGGGACUUGUUGA